CGCACACCUCAAGACACAAAAGGAUUAAAUAAAAAAGGCAUUUACAGAUGCAACAGAUGUGCUUUGCUUUCCACAAGGAGAAAUAAAAAACAUGAGAUAUGCUCCUAAACAAUUAUAACUUCCCCUUUAAAAUCCAUUUGAGCUUAUCGGGAGGAAAUAUGAUGUUUUAGGUGGAGUCAGCUACUCUUCUGUGUGUGCAUACAUGCAGAUGUUGAGGUAGGCGGAGCUUGGGGAGUUUAUGUUCUGCAAAAAAAUCUUAAGAAUGUCUAAACAAGUGCUCUUUGUACCAGAAUGUGUUUAUAUUGGAUAAAGUCUUGCGUCUUGGAGAUUGCCCCUGCGUCUAAAAAUAAAAGACCUCUGGAUGGAGCCGUCACUUGAUUCAUCUUGUUUUGGAAAGGCAAAGAGCACAUAGAAGAAAAUGGGAGGGGGGAACAAGUGAAGCUGAAGUUCCUGCAGGGUCCUUAAAGAGGAAAAAGAUUUUAUGUAUAAAAGUACAACUGCUAUGAGAGGUUUAUGAGAGGUGGGAUUUGCCCACACGAGCACGCGAUCACAAACACACUCACACAUGUACAGUACGUAUGCACACCUAUGUUUAUACCCAGCCUUCAUCUGGUAUUCAUUAUUGGAAUGGGUGCUUCUUGCCAGCUUUGCCUAAUCCCUCUUUUACUCUCAGGAAAUGCCAGAGGUGCAGGGCAGACAGGCCGUGCUAAGUGCGAGGUGGGGGCUUUGGCCAGCCAUGCAGGGAAGGCCUCUAGUAGAACAAAAUAACGGAAAUGAUAAGCCCAGCCCAUACCACCUUUCACUUUUGUCUUUGCAUUGCAAAAAAGUGCCAGCAGAUUAGUUUGAUUUAAAGGGGACAGAAAAGAGAACAGCUCACUUUUUCAGUGCUUGAGAACAUACAUUUGGGUAUCUGGAGUUCUAACAAACUGUGAAAUAAUACAACACAGUCAGUUUUUUUUGGUUUACCAUCCACGGUUUGUGAGCUACCUUUGCAAAGGUUCACCUUAUUUUUAUCGCAAGCCAAUCAGAGGACACUGGGCUUUUUCAGGAGGUGGGCUUAAAGAGACAGGCGCUUAAACGAAGCAUUUCAGACAGAGGUUGAAUACAGGUAUGUUCAGACAUGAACAUGCUCUAUAGUAGAAGCCCAAAAUAUAUGAAUGAACAACAAUACGGACCUGUAAUGAAUGCCCAGGCGUUUAGAAAAUGUUCCCUCCACCCCCCCAAAAAUGGAGGAUGAAUGACAUGUUGUUGUAGAGCACAAAUUACAUUUUAACAUUUCAAAAGCGAAGUCUCUUGCCAAAAGCAAUGUCCCCAUUACUCUGAAUAAUAAGAUGUUUACAAUAAUCAUAUGGCAAAUAUUGAGGAUAAAUAUUCAGCCAAACGGAGGGUGCAAAAUUAUUUUUUGUCCUCUUGUGUUCACAACAACCCACUCCAUUUAUUCAUAUCGCUGUGCUGCAGAACAAUGUGUGAUGAAUGAAAGCAUACGCUACAUACUUGUUGAUAACAUUUGUAUUUCAGGAAGUCACGGGUCAGAUUUUUGGGAGGAGACGUUAAAGGAGCCCAGAACAUACUCCCUGUGUCUAUAUAUGUACAAAACUGGAACUUUCCAUCUCCAAAAAAAUCACAACAGCAUUUCCUUUUCUAAACAUUUCAACUGAAAAUGACACAGCUUUGGCAGGAAGCAAUUUGCUAACAAGCCUGAGAUGAAAAACAAGGGAGUGACCACGACAGGGUCAUGCUUGAUCACUAUCGCCACUCAGUCAGGCCUGCGAGACUGUUGGACACAUUUUUUAUGGAAUAUUUAUUUUAAGAAACAGAUAAAGCUCUAUGUACUGCCAGUCAUAUAUGACCUUGCUUGUUAGGAAUCUAAACUCCUGAUCAUAACUCUUGGCUGGGACACUUAUCCCAAGUACACACUACAGUUAUGAAUCUCUGUCUCUAGAUGAGAUUAAUAUGCAGCCCGUAUUUAACCUGGCAACUGCAAAAAUGGUCAGACCUGUGUGUGUGUGUGUGUGUGUGUGUGUGUGUGUGUGUGUGUGUGUGUGAGUGUGAGAACACCCUGAGGUGUGUUUGCUCUCAACUGGAUGUGAAAAAUGCUUUAAAUCUUGUCAGUUAGAUUUCACUCCUGGGUGAUGACUGGAGAGAGCUUAUUAGAUCACCCUGGAAGUUAAAAAACAGGAGUGAUUUCAAGGUCAAUUUUUGCAAAUCCUUGUACAUUUAAGCUACAUACCCUACCUGUCAUUUCUUUCACAUGUCUUCUUCCUUUGCCCAAACUUAUCCUCUUUCUGAAAACCCUGUGGCUGGAUGUCUGGGACUUUCCUACUGUGCUGCUUAAGGAGCAUUUAAGGAAAGGUAAAACCUUCACCAUUCUCUCCCUAAAUACAACGAAACUGCAUUGUGCAUUAUAUUUUGAACGAAACUUAUUUGUGUCUGUUUUUUACGUAUCGCAAAUACGUUUCUAAUGACACUCUGUAGAAUUCUAAACAGGAGAGAGGUAGGGUCGACAGAUGGGUUCAAGCAAACACAGGACUUUCACCCAGGACAUUGCCGUUUGUGUCCUGUGUAAAACCAAAAGCUGACACUUAUUUUGAUUGAUGUUCACGUUUUAAAUACCAUAAAAAUCAUGAUGUUUUAUACUAAACCAACCUUAGUAGUUUUGUUGCGUUUUUUAAAUGUUAUCCAGAUGUUUAAAACCGUUUAAAACAUGCGCCCAUAAUCCAAGAGGACCUUGGAACAUAAUUGAGAAUGCAGUUUAGUUGUAUAGGAACAUUAUUUUGUCGGAGACAUGGUUGAAACCAUCAACUACUUAAAAGCUCUUGGUCUGCUCACACUAACUGUAUUCUGAGACAUACAGCGUAGUAGCAGCCAUAGUAGAAGCUUCCGCCAGUAGAGCUGAGAAAAGUUCCAUUUGAUUGUCCAGAAUGUAGUCAUAGCUACAGAAGGAUUAUUUCAUUCUGCAUUUUUUAUUUCUUCACUGAGGUGAACCCCACGUUUUAAUCUUUCACAAAUCCACGACAUACUCUUCCUGUUUUGUGCAAUUAAAACAAUCUCCCUUUCAGUCUGACGUUCAGCAUAAACAUACUGUAAAAAGAAAUAAUCUGCUCCUCAGUUGUGGUCUGUGGUCUGUGUCACCCUUAACCAUUUGAACCCUGGGUUCUUUUUGCUCAGUUUCCAUUCCUUGUUGUUGGACAAACAGUUUGUGGACUGUGAAAACAAGAUGCUCAACGUUGGUGAAUCCCAGAAAUCAGUGGGUAUUAACAAAAUAAGAACAAAUAGUGUAUAUGGACAACAAUACGAGGACAUUUGUUCUUGUAUUGCCUCCUGUAUGAGGCGCAUUGUCUUUUUUUUCUUGAAUAAAUAAACAUUUGAUGAAAAAAGGAAAAGAAAAUCUAAGGUACAGUAUAUAACUAUAUCUAUAAUGUACAUUAAAUAAAGUGGUGUGUGGUGUGGACAAGCCUAUAUUUGAGACUGAACAUUUAUGAUUUGUUGAUGAUUUAUCUUUAUUUAUACAUUAAUAAUUUAUUUCAACAAUUCAUUGUUACUCAUCAUAAAAAACACUUUGUUAUAUGUCUGAUAAGCUAGAAUCGUCCAAAGUAUGAGUCCCACUGAUACACUAGCCUCUACUGGGUUGGACACUUUAAGUCAGGAAUAAGCUGAGGUGCUGAGUACAACCUAUUCGAUGUCACUGAUCCUUCGUUGCCCGUCGAGUGUGUUUUGAGAAUGAAACUACUAUGUUCCAGCUUUAAUGAGGAAGGAGGUGUGAGAAAGCAGAGUGGAAGAACAUGGACACAUUCUCACUCCACUGGUUUCCGUUUUCCUCACCUAAAUGAUGAAGAAUUUGUUUUCACUUUUCCCAGCUCCUGAAAUUCUCCGAAUGCGUGUUUGGAGAAAAAUCCUGUGUUUCUUUGUGCUGGCUGCCGUCCACUGUGUGUUUUUGUUAUUUCAGGUUUGUUAUUUGUGACCCCUUUAGUUCCUUUCAUUGAGCACAACAUGCUUCAGAGCUGCAAAUUGCUUCUUUGUAUUGCUGAACAGUUUAACAGUCUUAAUAACAUCAGUUCAUAGGUCGGUGUGAAUCAUUUCCUGCUCAACAAAUGAGUGCUAUUCUCAUAUUUUAAAGGACAAAUGAGAAUAUAAUUUAAUGAGAAAUGUAUGUAGUAGAUAAUAAAAAAAGACAGAAAAUCCAGAUCAAUAAUUUGUGUUUUUUUAACUUUAAAGGUGGAUACACCUGCACAUUUAUGAUUGAUUACUUAAACUUUCUCCAUUCCAGGAAGUUUCUGGAUACUAAAACUACAUAUGUGCAUGUCAGUGGCCACAUUUUUAACAUUUCGGAGCGAUCAUCUGGUGAUUGAAAGUCCUUGGUGCGGCUGACAAUAAUGCAGACUCUCAUCAUUAUUUAUUGCCUCCGAGUCUUUAACACAUCCAAACACCUGUAUCCACGCAUGUAGGGUGCGUUUUCUGAGAGAGAACAUCAGGUUUGCAGCUGGCCUUCCCCUCAGCUGCUGAACACAGCUUGGAUUUAUAACUGUGGCAGGUUACAGUAGCUGUCUGGUCACCAGGAGCUUCAUGCACAAAGCCAGUUAGAGUUUGGGAUGUCACAAGAACCCAUGCUUGUUGAUACCAAAAUUCAAAAAAAUGUGGCAGUACUCGUUUUUGUAUAUUACUGCAGGUAUACCUAUAGGUACCUGGAUGGGCCCGAGAAAAAGUGAAUCAACUAACAAUGAUCUAAAACAACAAAAGAAGCAGUAGAGUUAGCAUUGUAUCUUAAAGGCUGGAACCAGAGUAUGUUCAGCAUUUUUCCCAACAAUUAUUGGAUGGAUUACCAUUCAAUUUGUAAACAUACAUGUUUCCCCUUCACUUUCCCCCAAGAGCCAUCAUCACGUCAAAUUUUGAAUUUGUCCAAUACCUUUUCUUUGUUUUUGACCAAAUAUCUUCUAAACAAGUGGCAUUUCGAUCAGCCUUAGAUGUCCCUUGUCCUAGUCCUAAUUAGCAUGUUCGCUAAAGCAACUAAGGUUUUGAACUUGACAAACAUUAUCCCUGUCUAACAUCCAUGUCAUCUAAGUUGUUGUCGAAUAUUUCUUUGUUGAUCAGCUAAUGAAUUACUCAACUAAUCAUUUCAGCACUACUACUACUACCACUUAAGGUAGUUUUAAAGAGUCAUUUUGCAGAAUUGGACAAUACUGAUGACUUGUACUUUAUUUAAAAGGCCAGUAUGUGGACAUUUUGGGGUCUCUAUUAGCAAAAAUAAAAUAUACUAUUCAAAGCUAUGUUUUCAUUUGUGUAAAAUCCCCAGAAACUGAGAAUCAUGUUUUUCUUAGCUUAGAAUGAUCUAUAUAGGAGACUACCAUGUUGCACCGCCAUGUUUCUACAGUAGCCCAGAAAGGACAAACCAAGCACUGGCUCUGGGUCCACACAUUGCCCUUUGACUGUAAGCACAGGAGGCAUUACAUAACCCCCGAGUGAAGUUUCAAAGAUGUCAGCGUGGUAUUGAAUCCAAGUAACAACAUGAACAACUUCCUUCCUUCUCCAUGCGGCGGCCGCGGCUCUGCAGAUAGUGACAAAUGGGAGUGUGCAGUAAGAAGGUGAGGCAGUAGAAGUGUGUGUGGGGGGGGACUUCUGUCAAGGGAACAUGUGAAAGUCAUAUCGCUGUGACAGACUGAGUGCUAGGAACGAGUGAGGGCAAAAGAGAAAAUGGAUGGGGUGGCGUCAUAAUCCAAAUAUUCUCUUGGGUCUUUGCCAUGGUGUCUGUAUGUGCUGUACUUUCAAGUAAGCAGCUCAUAGUCCGAUCAAAUACAGAGCCAGCCGACAGCUCCGAGGCUAAUUGAAUUAGCAGUCACAGGACAGAACACAUGCUCGCUGCUCUGCCCUCCACCUUAUGAUAGCAUGCGUUUGCGGGAAACAACACAAGCACGGGGUCAAUCACACUGCCUCUUAUUUGAGAAAUCAUGUUUCUGAUUUUAGUUACGGCAGGAUUUUUAAGUUCUGCUGUCAAAGGCAUCAUGUUUAGAGCUACGUUGAAAUGUUAAAGGUAAUGCAGUCCUAGGAGAACCACUUUAAACUUAAUCCUAAUAACUGUGGCCACCGCAUGUAUCCUCUUUGUCACAUCUCUCAGGUGCUUUAUUCUCUCAUACCAAUCUGUCAUGACUCUGUCAAUCAAUUUGUUCAGUUUUAAUUAGUGCUUUAAAAAGAACAACAACGUAUCAGUCAAAAGCACCCAAAUAGAUUUAAAUAGCUUGAGUUCACGUUUGCCUACUGUAUGUUAAAAGGUGCCCAAUACGAAAUUCAGAGCAUAUCUGGCAGCUAACAGUGCCAACAGUGCAAACAACAGCAAUGUGCUGACAGAGUUAACAGUGUUUACUUGAGGGGGAACUGGUGGGCGGGCACUACGACUCUGCGAUCUGCCGUUGGGCGGGACUGCGUCAUCAGCUCAGCUAAUAGUUGUUUGCUGCUAUAUUAACGCUCUGAAUAUCUCACAGAGAACCUUUGGAUAUGUUGGUUAGAUGAGGGUUGCAUCAAUUCCUUUUUUUUUUUGUUGGCUAAAGUGAAAUAAGCUGUAAACACAACAUUGACAUAAAUGACAAACAUGGUAAGCUAACAGGUGCUUAUUUAAACACCCAGCAAAGCGGCAACUUAGCUGUUACAUAGCCAUAACAGUAGUUGCAGUUGCAGGCUAUAAAACCAAAACAUUGAGCAGAACAAUGUUGAAUUGCUCCGUAGAGGAACUGUAGAGUCUGGUGGUAAUUGUCUGUUGGAUUGUUGAGCAGGACGCCUUUUCACAUUACACAUAUUCCCUAAAUCCAUUGUUGACAAAGACACUGACAGGUGCAGCUUUGAGUUUGACCAUGCAAACAAAAGCUGCUGUUGCUGUUGUCUACUUAAGCUCAAUUCCGAGCUUUGUGGCUCACUGAUCUGUGAGCUUCAUGAAAAAACUGUCAGCUCUCCUUGUUCCAGUGCGUGAGUGUAAGGGCUUACACAAGGAGUGAUGGCUUAUGGCCAUGUGCUUAGCCAAUGCAUGGUAGCGACAUGUGCAUAGAUACAGCAGAGAAAACAAACAGGAACGCCCAGCCUUUAACAUGAUGGAGUAAUCAAGAGUUGCUGGAAAGAAUGUCAACAACGGGCCAAGUGCAUAUGCAGGACACAGCGAUGGAAGGAAUAAGUGAGGGCAACGGCCUCGUAGAGCAUGCAGUUGCAUUACUUGCUUGGGAUUUAAUUGCCCUACAAAACUUAUUUUUCAACCUUCAUUUUCCCGAGGAACAGUUGAGCUGAGCAUGUGCCCUCUCUCCCGGUAUCGCUAAUCUUCCCUGACCACUACAACAGCUGUGGGUGAAAUGCCUCGGCGGAGGACUCCUCCUCGUUACAUGCUGAAGGAGCGCUGAGACUUUUCCCACCCAUACACCCAUACGUCUCUUUUCCACUGUGUCUGAGCUCCUGCGGCCUAAUCAUGACCAUCCAGGAGAAAAAUCCAUGUUGAAUCUGCUCUGUAGACUGCAUUGGGCGUUGGUGAAACGUUCCACCGGGGAGCUGGGGGGGGCCAGCGAUCUGCUCGGCUCUGCUGCUGCCAGGGAAAGCCUGAGUCAGACUGGAGAAACGGGACCUCACCCAGACAGCCCUCUUUCUCAAUGUCCCUCCCUUUCUUUCCAUUUAUCCUUCUGUAUGUCACUUUUUCUCAAGUCUAGUGCACUUGUUUUCUCUUCCUGUCCUUUCAUUCCCUCUCAUUCACCCAACAACACCAUGUUUUUCACGAUUGGAAAAGUCAAUUUGAGCAGUGACAACACAGCGAUGGGUGCGUUCGUCCACUCACGUAUACAGGAAGGAUUCAUGCUCGUGUCAUAUUCUAUUAUUAUUCAUAUUGUUUUGUGCUAUUAGAUAAAAAACAUAAGAUGUCGUGGGAUCUGUUAGGGUUAGGGUUAGGGUUAGUGAUUUAGUGUUCGAACUUACGUGAAAUGAUGUCUUUCUCCAGCUAAUACUAAGAGUCUUGGCCUACAGACAGCAGUCACGGGAUCCUGAAGGUAAUAAAAGCCACAGGAAAUAGACCAGACUAAGAGAAACAUAUUAGCCUCAAAUACAGAGAGAUAACUUUCCCAUGUUUUACAAUACCUAACAAACAUAACAAUGCAUAAUUGCAUUGCAGCGAAUGCGGCAACCCAAAGCUCUAAGUAACACAUACCCACAUGGAGCAACACAGACACCAGAAAACAGGGGGAAUUCCCACUCCCCACUGUUUAGCCCGGUCCCUACAUUAAAGGUGUGCACCUCACAUAAACAAGCAUGUUGUUUUGUGACCAUAAACCACAUGUCUGCUCUGUGGCAGCCCUCCCUUCCUUCCUGGCCCUUGUCAUUAAUAGCGGAUUAAACAACGCUUUCUUGAGCCGACAUCUGGUGAACACGGCUUUAACUAAAAGGUGUUACUUGUAGAAGUAGCUCCCGUGUAAUUACUUACGAGCAACAUCAAAGACAGUGGCCAUUCUUUCCAUGUCGAGGCGCAAUAUUUCACGUGCUACAAAUCUGUACCAAACAUUCCUCAGUAAUGUCCCUUUGUGUGCUACCGGAUAAUGGCCGGUGAGGCUGUGGAAACAAAUUAAAAUGCCAGAGUUCUACCUGACUAUCAUCAUGAUUCCCUGUGAGAUAAAAGCCAGUCUUCCUAAGCUUAUAAAUCAAUUUUUGCAUACUAACCGUUGACAAAAUCACUCUCUAUAAUGUGACAGGAGUCUUUUAGUGAGGAAUCCACAGAGAAACAUGUCCUGAUUCUGCAGUUCUGGGAUUUUUAGCAUCUUUCAGCUCGUUGUUUAGGCGCACACUUUUACUGAUUCUAUUGAGUCUCUGGGCUCUCAUCAGAUUCACGUCCAGCAGCAGCAGCUUGAAGCAUUACGAGACAAACAUGCUGUUUUAUUUGCAAAGCUUGAGAUGUUAGCGUUGCCUCCGGUGAACAACAAAGGACAACUCGAAAUAUUCCAUUGUCAUAUCCCUUGGUUGAGUAUUUAACAUGUGACCAGUUUGACAGUAAAUUGAAGAUCCUAAGCACUGCCCGUUUCCUCUAAAGGGAAACGUUGCGAAUUUUUUAACCUUGCAUACUGUUACACUUUUUACUGGUGGGAUGUUGAGGUGUAAAAUAUUGUCAAAUUGCUGACAUUUUGCCAGCUUUGACUACACGCUCUCACUCCAUGCUAGCACUUGCAACUCUCAACAGAUGAGAAAAACAAAUCCAUAUGGCUCAUUCAUUAGCUACUUACGCCAUAAAUUUUGGAUGCACCAAUCUCUAAAUAUGUAUAUUAGGGAUGAGUUUUAAGUCAAAUUGUGUUGCAUUCAUUCCAGGGAAUAUCAAUAAUGAAUAUAUGUAUUUUUCUUUAUUAGUCCCUAUCGGGAUUAGCUAAAGGGACAGUAAUCAACUAGUGAUCAGCAGUUGUCUUCAACUCUCUUACUGUGUUGUAUCAGUUGUUCAUGUGAUCAGGUUUAAAAUUUCACGUUCAUAUCGCCUUGUAUCAGCAUACUAACACGGAGUUGAACUCUUGGAAUUAACAUGAUUAUUGGUGCAGUGAGUUGAAGGACUGAGCUGGAGACUGAUAAGUCUGUAUCUCCACGCUGCUGUUGACACAGUCUGACUUUGGAGUUGCCGUGAAGUCAAUGGAUUCAUUCAUGGUACAUUACUUUCUCUCCUGUUGCAGCUGUAGAGGGAGUGUGUGAGUAUGUGUGCGAGUGAGAUCGAGAGAGAGAGAGAGAGAGAGAGAGAGAAAAAGACUGAAAAGGAGGGGGGGGCAACUCAUAUUUAACCUGUAACUUGAGAAGUUGAUAACAAGGAGCAAAUGAAGGAAAAAUGAGCACGUGAGGAAGGAGUGUGUGUGUGUGUGUAAGAGAGAGGACGACAGUGAGACAGAAAGAAAAGAGCUGCGCUUUUGUCUCCCCGAGCUCAUGUCCCCGUUCCCCCUGAUCUCCCUGGGAAAUUCAGUUCAAUAUUUUUUCUCCUUUUCUCGUUGCUCAUGUGUCUUUUCCCCCUCGUUUGGGAGGAGGGCAGAACAAAAAUGGACUGAACAAGAGGGAGGAGAAAACCCAGGCAGGGAAAGAGAGGGAAAUAGCUACAGCCAGGAGCCAGACUUUGCUUGCUUAUUCAGCGCCCAGUGCUGCACUGCGCCGUUUCCAGUUGUGGGAUGUUGUGGGAUCUGCCUUUGGCUGCACUUCUCCCCACUCUCGCGCUCACAUAAAGACUCUUUUUAGACAUUUUUAUGCUCAUUUUCUUGGAGGAGUGAGAGAAGGAGAGACUAGCCAGACCUAUUAGCCUGGAGCCUGAAACACACACACACACCAACUCUCUCUCUGUCUCUCUCGCUCUCUCUCUCCCUCUCCCUCUCUCUCUCUCUCUCUCUCUGACACACACUUGUACACUCCUCCGGCUCCGCGCUGCACCAAGGUAACAGUGAGUGGAUUUAGCUUUAGCCAUCUGGUUGGAGCGCAGGGAAAACCUCUCUGCUGCACAGAGGGGGGGAAAGGGAAAGGACGAUGCAGCACUAAAACACAGAGCGAAAAACAACAACAAAAGAGUGAAAGAGAGAACGACACGCACACUGAGACAGGAUGGCCACCGCAGUGUUUCAGGUGUCUUCAUCUUGUGUUCCUGCAACAAACUAUGAGCUGGCGCCGAGCGGUGACCUCCCUCUCAAACACGUAGACACCAUGGGCUCAACGAAAUCCUCAAAGAGCAUGGAGUCCCGGCGCAGACCGUCAAGGAGCACGAGUCUGCUGCAGGCCCUGGAGGAGAGCUACGAGUUGGACCUGAUCUACAUCACAGAGAGGAUCAUCUCCGUCUCCUUCCCCAGCAGCGUGGAGGAGCAGAGCUACGCUGCCAACCUGCGGGAGGUCGCCUCCAUGCUGCGCUCCAAACACGGCCACAACUACCUGCUCUUCAACCUCAGUGAGAAGCGUUAUGACAUCAGCGAACUUAACCCAAAGGUGUUGGACUUUGGCUGGCCUGACCACCACGCUCCGGCCCUGGACAAGAUCUGCAGCAUCUGCAAGGCCAUGGACACCUGGCUGAGUGCGGACAGCCACAACGUGGUGGUCAUACACAACAAGGGCAACCGGGGCAGAACUGGAGUGGUGGUGGCAGCCUACAUGCAUUACAGCAACAUAUCUGCCAGUGCUGACCAGGCUCUGGACAGGUUUGCCAUGAAGCGCUUCUAUGAAGACAAAGUGCUUCCUGUUGGCCAGCCAUCUCAGAAAAGGUAUGUGGAGUACUUCAGCGGCCUGCUGUCCGGACACAUUAAGAUCAACAACAAACCGCUGUUCCUCCACCACGUCAUCAUGCACGGCAUCCCCAACUUCGAGUCUAAAGGAGGUUGUCGUCCUUUUCUCAAAAUCUACCAGGCCAUGCAGCCCGUGUACACAUCUGGGAUCUAUAAUGUUCAGGGUGACAGCCAGACCAGCAUCUGCAUCACCAUUGAACCUGGUCUUCUUCUGAAAGGGGACAUUUUGCUCAAGUGUUACCACAAGCGCUACCGUAGCCCGUGCAGAGACGUGAUUUUCCGGGUGCAGUUUCACACCUGCGCUGUUCACGACCUGGGGAUUGUGUUUGGGAAAGGCGAGCUUGAUGAGACAUUCAAAGAUGAUAGGUUUCCAGAAUAUGGAAAAGUGGAGUUUAUUUUCUCCUUUGGACCAGAGAAAAUACAUGGUCAAGGUGUGGAUCAGCUGGAAAACGGGCCGAGCGUCUCGGUUGACUACAACACACAAGACACCCUGAUCCGCUGGGACUCCUACGAAAACUUCAAUCAGAAUUGUGAGGACACCACAGACGAAGUCAUCCAUACCGAAGGACCCCUGGAUGGCAGCCUCUACGCCAAAGUUCGUAAAAAGGAGUCUGUUGAAGGAUCGGUCACAGCGAAUGGCCUCCUGCCCACUGCUGCUGAACAUGCCCUACCUGCGGUUGACCAUGCCUUGUCAGUGAGCAGCGACUCAGGAAACUCUACUGCCUCCAUCAAAACUGACCGAACUGAUGAAGCGACAGCAGCUCCUCAGGCAUCCACAGUGAGCCAGACACACGUUCCUGUUGGUGAGGAGCUACCCUCAGUCCAUCACCACGCCCCUCCUGCACAACAACCAAUCAGUCCCCAAGAGAAACAGGAGCUGGAGCAGCUGCUGAGUGGCUUGGAGGGGCCAAUGCAUCGACAGGGCUACUUGUCCACUCCGACCUCUGCUGUUGGAGGCAUGCUUCACCUGGUUCCUGUCCAGGUCCAUGUCAAUGGGAACAGUAGCAUUGACCGUGAGACAGACAUUUUAGAUGAUGAGCUGCCUAUCCGUAAGGAGGGCAACAGUGUGGACAGUCUAGGGACAUUCUCCUCCACAGAUGGUCGGGCUACACCAGCUGAUCUUUACUACCAGCCUGAGUCACUUGUCAAUGGCCAGGACCAUGUACCGUAUCUGGAGCGCAGUGUCCCAGAAAAGCCUCUGGAAAUUGUCCGGACGCAAGUUGCCAUAUCCAACAAACCUGUCGCUUUGACCCAAAGUCAUUCGGACCCAUUUUCCGGUAAUUACAUGGCUACACAGAAUGGCAAUUUGUACAACUCUCAGUCGUUUGCUGCAGAGCCAAACUCUUUGCCACAAGCUCCCGCCCGCACCACCAGUAGCAGGGAUGCCGUCCAGCGUGGUCUCAAUGUUUGGCAGCAGUUUGGUGUACCAGAGGAGCCAGUAACUGAGGGCCUCACUUUUAGUCCACCUCCGUCUGUAGCAGUGAUGCCCAGCCACCACAGCCUCCCACAAUUCCCUCAUCGCCACAGCGCCUCCCAGCAAGAAAUUGAGAAAUCUAUUGAAACUCUUAAUCUCCUCAUGUUGGACCUAGAACCAGGCCGUCCGCUGGUGUCAAAGUCCCAAAGUGCUCCACUGCGGGAAAACAAUUUUGUAGUGACCACCCAGCCGUCCUUCUCCCAGGCCGAUGCCACCAUUCACACCCACUUUUCUGGCCCCAGCCUAGCCAGCCACUCGUCACAGCCUCAGGUCUCACCUGGGAAGCCGAGUACACCAGAGCCUGUAUCGGUGCAGGGAUCUCCGUGUUACACAUCUGAGAGAGCUGGAAUCAGUCCUUCCCAACAUGCCUCCCCUGCUAUAGUUGGUCACUUCCAACUCAAGCCCAUCAACAGCUACCCACCAAGCACAUUUUCCCAGUCUGGAGAGGUCUCUGAACACCAGAGAAGCCCUAGCACUGCCUCAGCAUCACCCCAGCCAAGAGAAAGUGAGCAAGAUGAAGUCUUGAACGUUGAAGGUCUGGUUGCACAAAGAGUGGCUGAAUACUCGGCUCGUGUCCAAAGUGUCAUCCCCAGCAUGACCUCUUCUCAGUCUGACCACCGCCCUUCUCACUCCCUCUCGGGUGUCCAGGCGCAUACAGUGUCCUUGGACGACGUGCCUGCAACCCUUCCCCGCCAUUACAUCACCAGCGACGGCCAGUACCAUCCUGACGACGACCCCUCCGCAGAUGUCCCACUUCGGUCCCCCGUCCGCUGUGUUUCUCCUGAGUUUGCCAACGCCAUAGCGAUGAACCCUGGCGGACGACCUAAGGAGAGACACAUGCACAGCUACCGCGAGGCCUUCGAGGAGAUGGAGGGUGGCCCCAUCAGUCCUACACCCAUAGUUGGUGGUGAGGUGUUUCCCCAAACCCCUGCCUUCCCCAUCUCGCCGCAAACCCCUUACUUCAACCUGUGUCGGUCCCCUCCUGGUCUUGCCAAGACCCCACUGUCAGCGCUGGGUUUGAAGCCCCACAACCCAGCAGAAAUCCUCCUCAAUCAAACAGGCUCAGAAGAUGAGAGCAGUGAGGGUGAGGAAGCACCAAGAAGCUAUGUUGAGUCUGUGGCAAGGUCGGCAGCGGCAGGCGGAGAGCAGUCGACGUCACCUCGGAGCCUCAGCCCACUGGGAGAGACGACAGCCCAGCAGAGAAUUCCGAGUCCCACUUCCCACACGCUGAACCCACCUUUGUCCAGCAGCAGCCCCAUCCAGAGCUCACAGGGUGAUCACCCCAGCAGCGUUAGCACUCCAUCCCAACCCACUACUGAUUCGGGCUUCCGCUCCCAGGCCACAGAGAGUGCCUACCCAACUCCCACCCCCUCAUAUCAAGCCCUGAAUACCCCCACUUCUUCCUACCUGGAUUCCAGCUCUCCGACCUCUUCCUACUUUGGCACCACUACCCCUACGCUAUCCUACCUUGGCCCCAACACUCUGCUGGGGAGCUAUGUGGCCUCAGACAUCAGCCCGCCCACCCUGGAACCCUCCCAGACAACGCUGAGCCACGGAAGUCCCCAUGCGCAGCACCGGACCAACAUCCUGGGCUCCACCUACAACCCCCUCCUCCAGCAGCGCUCGUGUGCUAUUCAGGAGGGUUCUAUCAUGGGCCAGCAAACAUCACCAGCUAACGGCUUUGAUGUGGGUAUGGUAGGUCUCAGUGGCAGUCCCAUUCUUGGUCGUCGUCCUUCUCAGGGAGCUCAGAGCAGCCCAGUCCAGAGCAGCAAACAGGCCUCUUUGGGACAGGGGUCUCAGCGGAGCCCGGUCCUCAGCAGACAGCCGUCCUUGGGCCAGCCCAUGCAGAGCAGCCCCGUGCUCAGCCGACAGCCAUCGAUCACACACCCCCAAGGAAGUCCAGUUUUGGGCCGUCACCCAUCUGUAUCGCAGGUAUCCCAGAGAAGCCCCAGUCUGGACCGUCACCCCAUGCACAGCGGUUACACCACGCCAGAUGAGAGACAUGGGAACCUGUCACGACAGAGCAGCUCAUCGGGCUACCAGGGACCACCCACUCCCUCCUUCCCCAUCUCACCUGCAGGUUACCAAGAUGGGGGGAUGAUGGGGAUGGGUAUAGGGUUCCGGCAGGGCAGCCCAGUCCCUGGUUUCCAGCCCCAGCUUCCAGAGAAGAGGCGCAUGUCGAGCGGCGACAGACCAAACGGAGCGCUGUCCUAUGGCACUCUGAACGGGAAGAUAAUGUCCCCAAUGAGUGGAGGAAGCAAUCCCGGCUACUUCCACACCCUCUCUGACUUCUCAAGGUUCAACAUGUCCGAUGGAAGUCCUGAGAGCAGGCUGAAUGUCAAGUUUGUCCAAGACACAUCCAAGUUCUGGUACAAGCCAGACAUUUCCAGGGAGCAAGCUAUUGGCCUGCUGAAAGAGAGGGAGCCUGGAGCCUUUGUUAUCCGGGACAGUCACUCGUUCAGGGGGGCUUACGGCUUGGCUAUGAAGGUGGCCUCUCAUCCACCCUCAGUGCAUCAGAACAAGAAAGGCGACAUCACCAACGAGCUGGUGAGGCACUUCCUGAUCGAGAGCAGCCCUAAAGGAGUGAAGCUGAAGGGUUGUCCCAACGAGCCUUACUUUGGCUGUCUGUCUGCCUUGGUCUACCAACAUGCUAUCACCCCACUGGCCCUACCCUGCAAACUACUUAUCCCUACCACAGAUCUCACCGAGGAAGUGCCAGAAGUAGCCGUACCAAAUCCAUUGGCUGAAAGGCUGAAACAAGGAGCAGACACCCAUGUUAUCCCAGUGCAGAGGGCCCCUGCUGAUUCCCAUGCAUGCAACGUGCUCUACAUCAACUCAGUGGAGAUGGAGUCCCUGACGGGCCCUCAGGCUGUUGCCAAGGCCAUAUCUGAGACACUGGCUGCCGCCUCUCCAGCUACUGCCGCCAUUGUGCACUUCAAGGUGUCUUCGCAAGGCAUCACGCUGACCGACAACCAGAGGAAGCUUUUCUUCCGACGCCACUAUCCCACCAACACAGUCACGUUCUGCGAUAUUGACCCACAAGACAGAAAGUGGAACAAGCCUGAGGGAGGAAUGGCCAAGCUGUUUGGGUUUGUGGCGCGUAAGCAGGGAAGCACAACGGACAAUGUCAGCCACCUCUUCGCUGAGAUGGACGCUGACCAGCCUGCCAGCGCCAUCGUCAACUUUGUCUCGAAGAUGAUCGCUUCGCAGAAACGAUGAGAGCUGUCAGCAAACCCCCUGGCACUUUUUUUUUUCUUUUUUUUUUUUUUAAACACCUUUGGUUAUUUUCUUUCCUUUUAUCGACGGACACUUACUUUUUUGUUUUGGACAAUUCAGCAUUUGGUUUUCACGCGUCGCCUUAUUUCUUCCGCUCUUUUACAUUUACGUGCAUGUCUCAGUGUGUUUGUGUCUGAGAGACAGAGAGUGUGUGUGUGUGUGUGUGUGUGUGGGUGUGUGUGUGUGUGUGUGUUUGGGUGUGCGCAGCUUGCAUGCAUGUGCUUUUCUUCUUGGACGGACUCCAGAAUGGACCAGAGGAAGUGCAGGGAUGGGGCGUGGUUGUGUGUGACAAUGGGACGGGAGGCGAUUCUGAUCUCCCCCGGCAGGGUAACACAUGAACAGGAAGAGGAAAUGACAUUGUGUGUGCAAAUGUUAUUUUUUUAGCAGUUGUUUCAUUUUUGUUCAUUGUUUUUUUAUAAAGAAGAAAGAAAAAAAAAGAAGUCAAGUUGUGUGAUGUAAAGGUGGAUUGUAAAUCUAUCAGGAUUUUGACUGGUCAACCAAAGAUUUAAAAAAAAAGUAGUCAGGGCGUGUAUAGUGUGCCACUGUCGGAGGGUCGGAAGUAUUCUUUUGUAAAACAAAUAUGGCUGCUUAAUCAAAAAUACUGUUUCUUUCUGUACUGAUACUGUAGGUCAAUUAUGCGCCGUUGCCAUCUUGCAAACAAUGUUUUCGGACAUCUUUGCAGCUGGUGUGUAAAUAUUCUAGAUUGCUUUAUGAGUAGGACUGUUCUAGAUGACAUUUGGUGCCUGACUUUCUUUUGUAAUGCAGAGCUUUGUAAGAAAAAGAAGAACAUACAACUCUCCCAGGCUGUCUUAAAUAUGCAAAUAGCCAAACUUGGAAAUGAGAUUGCUCUCCAAAAUCCCACAGGUCUUUCCUUGUUCAAUGUAGUAGUGUCGCUAAAGAUGCAACAGAUGUUGUGCCUCUGAAGUGCAGCUAUAGGGUCUGGCAAUAUCGUUUUAAACUACUUUCUUGUGCAUCGACGGCAUCCAAGUGAACGCUAAAUGUCACUGAAUCACUGCAUCCACGCAAAGUCUCUUGAUCGUUUUGGAUCAGACAGGGGUUUAGCUUCCAUCUGCUGUCAUUGACCUCACAGUCUGCGCAGCGCUUAGCCGAGCUAUUUCGCUCACCACUGAAGGGCUGGAAGUUGUCUUGCGAGGGCGAUCUUCAUAGAACAGUGUUUCCGGUUAGGCCCUGAUCACACACAGAACGUUCUGCAGGAGGAAGCCGCGAGAAACAAACUAAAUGAGUGCUAACGUUAGCUUAACGCAAACUGUACGCUACCUAAGUGUCUCGGUAGAACAAGGACACUAAGACAGUAAGAGCCGGGGAUCGAACCGCCAACCUUGUGGUUAAAGGACGACCUGCUCUAACCAAGUUGAAUCUUUUUCAACUCGACGCGCAGCAACACUUCACUGUCAUUGAAAACAAUUUAAAAAAGCCGCCCCAGGCUGCUAAAAGGAGCUCUGUCUGAUCAGGGCCUUAUACUGCUCUUCAGUUUUCUGUGUUCAAAGUUUCCGUCAAUAGAAAGAAGCUCUUUGCGUCAGCCGAACAAUACUGUUAACACUCACACCCUACCCAAAAGUAAGCUAUACAUAUAAAUAUACAUAUACAGAUAUAUAUAUGAAAAAAAACUUCCAAACAGUGACUUAAGAUAUUUAUUUUUUUGCUUUGUUGCUCUGUUAUCGUGUAUACAUGUAUUAUAAAGUAUACAUCAAGAUUACUGAAAGCGAGAUGAAAAGAUUGCUUUUUUAUUUUGGCUAAAGUCAAGUGCAUUGACAUAUAUAUAAGGUGUAAAGUGUGUGCAUUUCAAACUGUUGUAUUUUAAAAUGUUUUUUUUUUCACAGCAUUACUUCCUUUUGUUAACAUUCUUGUUUUCUAGGGAAGGCUUUGUUUUUGUUUUUAAGAGAGGGGAAAAUAUUUUGUUUGAAAGAUUGCUGUUACUAAAGUCCAAAUUGGAGUUAUCCUAAAAGAUAUGCCAACACAAUUGUUUUAUUAAUUAAACCUGCCAAGAAAAUACAUUGUCCAAGUUUAGCACUUAAAUGUUGAAGUAUUAUCAGUGUCUUUCUACUUGUAAAAAGUGACGAUAUGGAAAUUGACAGACCCAUUUCAUGUCAUAAUAAUUGCAUGGGUGGAGGCAGGACUUAAUAAUAAUUCCUGUAGUUCUACAGCACCUCAGCAUGGGUCUGGGGGAACACUAGUCAGAUCAGUCAGUAGCUGUUGCCCUCAUGUGGUGAGGAAAGAUCAUCGCAAAAGGAACCACUUUUAUUCUAACAGUGUUUUAGCUGUGAUUUUAGCACGUCAAAGGGUAAACGUUUCAGUAAUCAGAUCGCUGGCAAAAUGAUCUUUCAUUUUAAUGUUAAUUCAUAUGCUAUUUUUUUUUUAGAGAGUGAGUUUUCUUUUGCAUUCUAAAAAAGGGGGCCACAUCAUGAAAAACUCACUUUUUCAGUGCUUGAGCACAUACAUUUAGGUUUGUGGGCUGCCUAGAUCAGAAAACAUGUGAUUGAAAAGCCAUUCAGCUUUUGGCUCCCCUUCCUAUGUCACAUGCAGGCUCAUUAGAAUAACCUGAAUUCAUCUGAGAAUGAGCAUGAUAUGUGCCCUUUAAAGUCCCAUUCAAGGACUGAGUAAUGGAGAUUAUGACUCCCUCCUUUAUGCCUGAUGAUCUAGGAUCACUUGGCAGCAUGAUGUAAACUAAUUAAAAUAAGGGUUAGUUCAGGGGUCUUCAUUCUGACUCAAAUUUAGUUUAAAAAAACAAAAAAUACAGCACUUUUAUAUGUGACCAGAAUGUUUCAUUAUUUAUUCGCAAGAGCCUGCAUGCUCAAGUCAAGUUGUUACCUUAACGCUGCUGACUGUAAUCUGGGCACAGUACCCUCAAGUCUGACUCAGCCCCGCCCGUUCCAGAUCAGGUAUUGAUUUUCACGUGACGACUAUGCCUUGACAGAAGAAUCUAUAUUUUUGCCUACAAAAUGCUUGUUGAGAAAAGAGAACGUCCUCUACUUCAAACUGAAUGUUUUCGCCAUUUGUCUGCCAAGAUGGAAACUCCAGUGGCGUCUGCCCACUUUGACAGAUCAGUCUGGACUGUAGAAUGUGUGUGAAUGAGCUCCUAUGCCUGUAUAGAGCUUUGUCAUUUUUUUGGUUUGCUACAUUAUAUGGCUUUUACUAUUUCUGAUGGAAAAACACAUUAAAAAAGCAGUACAAAUCAAAAUGUA